CCCGGGCUCCCGCCCUCGGCCGCUGCCCACGGGGCCGUGCUGCUUAGCCACUGGGACCCCACACUCAGCUCCAACUGGGACGGCGAACGAACCGCGCCGCAGUGUCUACUUCGGAUCAAGCGGGAUAUCAUGUCCAUUUAUAAGGAGCCUCCUCCAGGAAUGUUCGUUGUACCUGAUACUGUUGACAUGACUAAGAUUCAUGCAUUGAUCACAGGCCCAUUUGACACCCCUUAUGAAGGGGGUUUCUUCCUGUUCGUGUUUCGGUGUCCGCCCGACUAUCCCAUCCACCCGUCUCGGGUCAAACUGAUGACAACGGGCAAUAACACAGUGAGGUUUAACCCCAACUUCUACCGCAAUGGGAAAGUCUGCUUGAGUAUUCUAGGUACGUGGGCUGGCCCCGCCUGGAGCCCAGCCCAGAGCAUCUCCUCCGUGUUGAUCUCCAUCCAGUCCCUAAUGACUGAGAACCCCUAUCACAAUGAGCCUGGCUUUGAGCAGGAGAGACAUCCAGGAGACAGCAAAAAUUACAAUGAAUGUAUCCGGCAUGAGACCAUCAGAGUGGCAGUCUGUGACAUGAGAGGAAAGUGUCCCUGCCCUGAGCCCUUACGAGGGGUGAUGGAGAAGUCCUUCCUGGAGUAUUACGACUUCUAUGAGGUGGCUUGCAAAGAUCGCCUGCACCUUCAAGGCCAGACAAUGCAGGACCCUUUUGGAGAGAAGCGUGGCCACUUUGACUACCAGUCCCUCUUGAUGCGCCUGGGACUGAUUCGUCAGAAAGUGCUGGAGAGGCUCCAUAAUGAGAAUGCCGAAAUGGACUCUGAUAGCAGUUCGUCUGGGACAGAGACAGACCUGCACGGGAGCCUGAGGGUUUAGACCCUGCUCCCUUCUCCCCUCCCCCCACUCAAGGGUCCCAGCAACGUCCCUCCCUCCCCCCCCACCCCAGGGAUGGAGAGGCACUGUGUAUCUCCCUCCAAACGUGACGUCAUCCUGCAAGAUGGCAAGAACCAAGCCAGCUCGGAUCCCAGGGUGUGGGAGUGAGGAGGCUGUUCCUGACCUGACCUCCCUGGCUCUCAAGCAUCCGGGGCUAUGUUCAUCCCAUAGCAGGGGCCAAGGUACCGACGCAGGAGCACCCAGGGUGAGGGCCUCUGGCAAACACAAGCGGCCGACACACCUCUCCGUGGGGCCAGCUCCUCAGGGGGAGGCGGGAGACAGAAACUGUAAUUCCAAGAGGGAGCGUGCCCACAUGAUUGAGGGGGAUAUCUGGAAGGGAGCUUUGGGUGGGGACUGUGACACUUAAGCAGUCUGGGUGGUUGUCUGUCUGUCUGCAGUCUUGAAGCAGGGCUUCCCGAUGCCCUUUUCCUCCCUGCCUCUCUUCUCCCAAUACUUCCCAUGGGCCAGCAUAAUUUUGUUUUUCCUAAUUUAUAGUCACUGUUCUAGACAGACCAAAGAGAAGGAACAGUGGUGGAGUCUAGGCUGCUGAUCAGUGAGCUUUACCUAGCACCUGAGCACCUUUCUCCUCUGCCCGCCCCCAUUUCCUCGCCCAUUUCCAGAUUUAAGACAGAAGGUAAAUGUGACUGGGAUGGAACUGAGGUCCUGGUAGAGCCUGCACAGGCACCAUGAGAAGCUGAUUUUGUUCCCGUAAUCACUGAUUUGAAAAGUUCCCAACGCAGCCAGCUGCUGUUUGUGGGGUACUAGAGCCACUACAUAGAAUAGUCUUUUACAGAUGUUCCUAAAUGCUACCCACGAUGAGGGUAUUUCCCCUGGGGGUGGGGUGCAGUGGGGAGACUGAUGCUAGUCCUCUUGUGUUCUGUUUGGCUGACCUUGUGUAUUUUCACCCUGGCCUCUAGUUACCCCCCCAACCUCCCUCCCACUUCAAUGCCCAGGGACUUGUGGGGAGCAAGGGUCGCCAAUGGCAGAGGGGCUGGAGCUGGGACUUGUGGGCCCCGCUGCUUCUCUUGCCUCUCCGCCUCCCGUCCUUCCCAGCUGCUCUGUCACUGGCUCUGAUGGCUGUUUGCCUGGCUGUGUUGCUUCUCUGUCUGUAUCUAGCUGCAGUGAUCCUUUAGCUGGUUGGCUCAGAAGAAUGUGUGUUAGGCGCCCUGUGGUACUGGGCACUGAGAAUCUCCAGCCUUCCCCUUUUUGGUGUGUUCUCCCCAUACUUUCCAGAUUCUUACUGUUAGGGCUCCCAGGGGGUGUUGGUGAUCCGUGUGACGCAGGGCCUCAAUCAGUAUCCAGCCGCGUGUAUGGGAGAGGAUGACUUGGGCCUGCCCUGCCCGCUGCUGUGGAGGCUUCUGCCUGUGGGUCAUGGGACUUCCGGGGAGUUCGGAAGGGGUUGGGCACGAAGGAGAAUGUCCAGAUUGGGAGGGCAGGAAGCAAAGAAACUGGACAGGAAGUGGGCUUGGGGAACGGAAGUUUAUCUCGGAUACCUAAGGCUGGGUCUCUUAACAAGGAGACUUAAAGAGGGACCCCGUUGCCAAUUUCCCUCUUCCAUUCCCAGAGCAAGUACAGGGCUUAGCAGAAGGCCCUUGGCCUGUUGGUCCAGUGGUUGUCUGUCAUCCAUUUAAGUGCUCCCACUUUCAAGUGACAAUCCUCUCCUUGGCCCUGCCGUGGGCAGAGCAUGUCUGGCAUACCAGCCUGACUUUUAUGCCCUAAUCUUGAGUUGAGGAAAUAUAUGCACAGGAGUCAAAAGAGAUGUCUUUAUAUCUGACUGUACAUAAAUGAAGUUUUUUUUUUUUCUUUU